AUGGCCUUAUGUAGUUACACAUCCUCAAUUUCCUCUGCUUUGAAGCCAUUUUCGAGGGAUUUGGUGCAUUUUUCAAUUGUAGCUGACAUUCCAAAAACUGUGAAAGAAACUUCUUUCAAAUUAUUAGAUGCAUUUGUGGACUUUGUAUUUGAAUUUGUUGAUCAGCCAUUACUUCCAUCUCAGAGUAAUUUUGCACCAGUGGAAGAAAUUGGAGAAGCUGUUGUAGUAACUACAGUGGAAGGGAAAAUUCCAGAUGAUUUUCCGGAGGGUGUUUACAUAAGAAAUGGCUCAAAUCCUCUGUUUGGAGGUCUCAAAUCGACCAAGUCCAUAUUUGGGAAAUCAAGUCAUGUAUGGAUUGAAGGCGAAGGAAUGCUUCAUGCUUUGCACUUCACUAGAGAAAAAGGAAGAGGGACUUGGAAUAUCUUCUACAAUAACAAACACGUCCAAACGGACACUUUCAAGAUGGAAAUACAUAGAAAGAAACCUGGUUUUCUUCCCGCUAUUGAAGGGGAUUCUCCUGCCAUUUUAAUGGCUUACGUUUUGAAUGUGUUGAGAUUUGGCGUGGAAAACAAACAUCUAAGCAAUACAAAUAUUUUUGAGCACUCAAAGAAAUACUACUCUAUUGCUGAAAAUCAUUUGCCUCAAGAGAUAGACAUAUAUUCCCUUGCAACAUUAGGUAAUUGGAAUGUCAAUGGAGCUUGGGAUCGACCAUUCACAAGUCAUCCAAAGAAAGCCCCUGGAACCAGUGAACUUGUUAUAAUGGGAAUAUAUCCAAGAAAGCCAUACUUUGAGCUAGGAGUCAUUUCAGGUAUUGUCAUUUUCUAG